UGUACCAAAAAAUAGUGUUCAGAAAAAGUUGAAAAUUAAGCGAUUUUUAGUUCUUUCCACUUCAUUUUGAGAACAGGAAGACAAAAAUUGGUUAAAAUGGUUUUGAUGACAAUGAUAGGCCGUGUUAUAGACGGCUUACCUCUCGCAGCUUCGAUGCAGAGCGACCAGGAUGUAAGUGUAAACGUUGAUGUUUAAGUACACAUUCAGCCGAUUCCGGCAAAUAGCAUAUGCCUGUGUUUAAUUUUGCUGGCUAAACGGGACAAGUACGAUGUCACAGAUGAUCAGCUGCUCAAUUUAUUUUAGUUUAUUUAAACCUAUUUCAUACAGAUGCGAAAGUGUCAGAUUAUGUGGCUAAGGGUACUUGACUUAUCGUGGGUUUUUGACUUUCUGAUAAUUGUACUUAUCACGGAAGCAUAAUGUACAAAUGAAUUUAAAGUCCCACCUAACUGGUCUCGGAUGAUUUGGGGUCCUUGCCUAGACCCUUGAUAAAUGUCUCCACUGGUGUAUACCCUGAGGCUGGAAUCCUCAUCAAAAGCCCUGUAAACCUCCCGGGAAAAGGAUUAACACCACCUUAUUUUAAUGCAACUGACAGAGCUGAUGCUGAAAUCUAUGAUUUUUUUAUACCUACAUUGCUUUGUGCUUUUGGCUGUGACUGUGACAGAUCUUAAGAGGACCUGGUCACUUAUUACUACAAGUGGUAAAGUGACAUGUCUGUCAAACAGAGCAAGGAUUAUUGAAAUGGCUCAGUGACUUCCCAGUUGUAACUGAUAAGUUACUGUGGGCCAUCCCAUCUAAUAAACACACCCCCCUCCAUUGAUGGGGUAUUAUUGGCCACACCCCUUCAAAACAUUAUUCCUGGGGUAACCAACUCCCUUGAUCUAAACCACUUAGAAAAUGUGGCAAUGUUAUUUGUCCACAUUGUUAUAUUGAGGUUUUACAGCACUCCUCAUCAGAAUAUUCACCAUCCUUUUAUGAAUGACAUAACACUCCCCUUAUCCCUUCAGAAAUUGACAUAUUAGAUGAUAAUUCCCUCCUAAUAUUGACCCCCUCAGAAAAUCUCUUGGGAAAUUGACAUUCCAGGGUACACAUGGCGAGCCGCAAGCCUUAGCGACCGAAAUAUGGGGGAAAAUUUGUCCCCCAUCUGACCAGAAGGCCAUUGUUUAAAUUCAGCCAAGCAUAGACCGUUGACAGCUUGAAACCAUACUUGGGCAGAAAUGCGAAUCUCCUUUCGUGGCCUCCUGUGAAGCUUUAUCCGACAUAUCUUUCAACCGCUCAUUUUAACAGACACUACUAAAAAGCUGAUGAGACGAACACAACUAAAAAAAAGAACCUGAUAGAAUGAAAAUCGCUCCAAAACAGUUCAUCAGUUGGAAAACCAGUGGCGGUGUAGAGGAGUUUUGCACAAUUGUCAAACGGGGGAUACCUCAGAAUCAAUAUGCAUUUAUUUACCGAAGAUGAACAAAGUGCAGCGAUUGAAAUUUAAUAGAAUUUACAUUAACUAUAAAUUCAAAUAGUUUUUACAGUAGCUUUCUAUGGGGAGCAGAAUUUAAAUAGGAGACUUUACCGACCUUUUCUCAAAAAAGGCAAUAGUCCCGCUUUAAAUUCUGCUUCCCCGAAAUUUCUGUUUCUAAAUCUAAGUAGCUUUCUUUUUCUUUUGAAAAAUUUUUACAGGGGAAUCAAAGUGAAUCUUGGUUGAUUGGUUGCGUCCAUUGCGGUUCCCCCAGCCUAAUUGUUUCUUUAGUAAAAUAUCAUUGCAAGAACGGUCUCUAUUAUUUUUCACGAGCCGUAACCAACCAAGUUCCCUUGCACUAAGCGAAGGCGACACACCCGAUCGCUUGCUUUUUCAGGCGACUCACCCAGAAGAGCAUGUGCAGACGGAACUUUAGUCGUUGUUUAGUUUUGUUUUGAUUCAACCAAAGAAUAAGUUCAAUUACGAAUUCUAAGCGUCUGGUUGAAAUACAAUCUUACCAGGUCCCAAACAAAAGAAAAAUAUAUUUUGCAAACCGUUUUCCAAGACUAUUUUACCUUAUAAACUUUCCUAAGGCCUCGUUUUUUUACAGAAAGAUUCAUUUAAUAUACACGUUUUACAAAGUCUUCUUGCACUAAGCGAAAGCGACUCACCCGAUCGCUCGCUUUUAAUCAGGCGACACACCCAACAUAAAAGCACGUACAGAAUACCCUGAACCAUGUUCAUGAAUUUGUUUUCGGUGAAUUAUAUCAAAGCUCUCUGCUCGUGAAAAAUAACAGAGACUGUUCGCGCAGUUGUAUUUUAUUAAAAAAACAAAUAGGGGUGAACCGAGAUGGACACAACCAAUCAACCAAAACUCAUUUCGAUUCCUCCGUAAAAAUUUUUAAAAGAAAAAGAAAGCUACUUAGAUUUAGGGACUUACAAAUAACGAGCAAACUUAACACUCAACCCCCUCUCUGUGAAGAACAUUAGGUAGGUCAGUAGGGGUAUGGGCACACGAGCGUCUGAUAUUUUUAACGCGUUUUAUUUCAUUUUUGAUCAAAAUAAAAAGGUUUUAUGAGGUUUAUACAUGGAAUAGCCCUUAUUUAUGGCUUUGUAGCACAAUUUGCUACCAGUGGGAGUCAUUUUCCCCUAUUCGAUACUAGGAAAACAAUUAUUUUCAUAGGCAGAGCCCCGUCGGGCUGUGUUGAGAACGCAUGCAACAACGCAAUAUUACGCAAUAAUUACUGGCUUUAUUGUUGUGCAAAGAGUGUUUUAACUGUAAGAUAAUUUUCUCAUUAAUUGAAACAAAGAUCUGAGCAUGAAGUGACAACUAUAAAUCGCACUGGAUCAUGAUGAAGCGUUUAAACAUCGGCAACAAGCAAAACAGUUGAAAAAAGAUCAGAGAUAUAGCAAUUUGGCCGCUACGUGUGUAUGUGUACCCUUUUAAAACACGGACGUCUAUAAUUUUCAACACAUUCCUUUGUUUAUCAAGAAAAUGUCACACGAAAUUAAUAGAGCUUUUCGACUUCUUUAUUAGGGUACUUUUUGUAACACAAAAUUGCCUCCAGUGGAAGUUGUGCUGGGCCUGUUUCUUCCUAAACAAGAGCUGUACGAUCGGGAGCACCACAUUAAAUUUGGCGGGCAUUUAGGAGGUUUUGGCGCGGAUAUGCUCGAAGAAGAAAUAAAUAAAUGAAAGGAAAAAAAUCAAACACUGUGCUUACCUUCAAGGAGUCUUACCAUUAAUCAAGUCAUUAUACAAGCCAGAAUUAAUGUGUCGCAAGGUAAACCUACUGAUCUAGGGCUGAAUUGGCCUCCUAUUUGAACCAAUGUAAAGAAGGAAGGCUGGCCAUCUCUGGUUUUCAGAAGAGAAGCUUGAAUUCUCCUAACCUGUCCGAUCUGUUUAAAUGUUCUUCCAAAUACCAAUUGCUUCUAAGGGAAACGAUUUUUACCAUGAAUCAACACAGAAAUUCUCGACCAGGAAACGCCAAAAAGUAACUCACAUAUACUCCAUACAAUGAUGGCUUGAUCGGACUGAUCCGAUCCCGGAGAAUAGUUGAAAAGACCGCGCUCGACUUUAUUUACAUGUUUUUACCCCGCCUAGUAUUGUUUUAACCAUAUUAACAGACAGUUGCAAAAUUUAGAAUUGUUUCAUCGCCUCUGUGAAGAUCACUACCGAUGACAGCUAAUCUGACCCCUGCUAACUUGCACGAGAUCGGAGGUAAAAUUAUAACAGGAAAUUGAGCAUAGCAACCGUCACUCAAGAUAAUUAGUAAAGGGACUUUAUGCGGCUCCUCAUGACUGCUGCAGGCCAAAGGAUCGGGCCGUUUCACUGUUGAAUGCCUUACCCAAAAGGCUCACUAAGUUAACAAACAUUGUGACAUUCAAGAAGGGACUUAUGCAUUAUUUAAAAUUGUCUUAAUAAGCAGUUUAUUUUUAAGACAGGGUUGCUUAUAUUACUUUUUUCUUUGUAGUGGAGAGAAUAAGAGGCUAUGUUACUGAUAUCUUGUUAAAAUUGCGUGAAUUCGUAUAUUAUAGUUUUAUAUUUAUUUUUUACCUAUGAUAUUGAUCUAAUAAUUACUUUGAAAAGCCAUACAUGGCUAUUAUUAUUAUUAUCAUCAUUAUUAUUGGCAACCCCUUCAGAAAAUCUCACCUUUAAAGGGCGUGCGGAUAUAUAGAAAUAUUAGAGGAAUGGCCCUGUGCUGCCAAACCACUUAAAUAUAUACAUAUUUACCAUACUGCCUUGUUCUAUCAACGCUUUAAGAAAAUUUAUCUAACCUUCAAUCAUGCAGGUCUUUUUUCCCUUACUCUUUGAAUGGUGAGGGUUCGAUUUUUUCCUCUGCAGUUUCCUGACUUUUUUGCUCGCCUGAUAAAAAAGAAACCCUGACUGCAUGUCAAUUUUUUCAUAAUAAAAACAGCAAGGCAAGGAAAAAGGUCUUUUGAACAGAGUUUACUUCUUUUUAAAUCACGAUCUCAUUCUGUGUUUCUCUAGACUAGUCGCAGCUUGCAAGACUAUCAGGCCCAAGCCAAGCUAUUGUUCAGAAAACUCUCAGACAAUUCACCAGCAAGAAGCAGCAUUGAGACAGGACCAAUGAUGUUUCAGUGAGUAGUUAAUGCAUGGGCUACAGGUUAAAUUUUUAUUUAAUUAACUUCAAUUACUUACAUUGAAGUAAUCUUUUGUCGUUUCUGGUCAAUCCUCCCCAUACAUUUCUUGAAGAAAGCCUGGAGACAUGCUUUGUUGUGAUUCAGAAGUCUCUCUGCAUUCAUUAAAACUUGGUAAAUGGGCACUCUCUUCAAAUCCUGGGGCAUCAAGCGGAAGUGAGUUUUUUCCUCUUUUAAUAUGCCUUGAUGCUAUCAAAUUUGUAAAAAAUUUGCCAAGUGCCUUUACUUUCAUAGAGUACUGGACGAAAGGUGCAAAAGGUUCACUUCCAGUUGACGUGUGUCGCUCAAAAAGGUUGUUGCUUAAACUCCCUAACGUCUGACAAGCAACAUGGCCUUGAAACAGUGAUUAGACAGAGAAAACAGUAAAACAUCAUCUGCAGAUAGGGACAUGGUUUCUUCCUUAAUGCCUUUAACAAAGAAUUUUUGAAAUUCACACUAGGGACAUAAUGUACCCUCUCCCUCUUAAAAGGGCCUCAUGAAAGAAAGACUAAAUAGGCUAAUUUAAUGGAAAUAUUCCUAAAAAAUACCAUAACACUAGCUGCUGUCACUUACAUGUGGUGUGGGGGGCAUAAUAAUUUUUUUAAACCAUAAUUACUGUUCAUUUCAUAUGGCUGAAUAUUCAUCACUACCAUUCAAUACACUGCUGUAGUUUUGAUUCUCUGUGAUGUCGGACUGGUGCGAUGGAAGUUGUCUGCCCAGCUAAUCACAGAACACUGUAUCCCUCUACCCUGAUGGUACAUUAUAUCUCAUGGUUAUGCUUUUAUUGAUUCAACUCUUUCAUUCAUUAGUGAAUGACAGAGUCAUCUAUCUUCUGAGUCUGUUGACAAAAUCCUAUUGUAUAUGGCCACUGAAAUGAAAACUCUUUGACAUUGGGCUUGAUUUUAAAUUUUCCUCUUAUCAACAGUUACAUUAUUGAAAAUGGAGUAUGCUACUUGACUUUAACAGAAAAGACAUUCUCCAAGAGAGCAGCAUUUAGUUUCUUAGAAGAAUUAUCCUCAGAGUUUCAAAGAGAGUUUGGUUCAAGAGUUCCCACGGCAACUAGACCAUAUUCAUUUAUUGAGUUUGGUGAGUGACUUAACAGGGUAAUGUGGUUCUUUUGAAACUUAAAGCUAAGCCCCCUAAGAAAAAAGAACAAAUGUUUUUAGUACAGAAUUUGGUAAAAAAGAAGAAUGUGGGUUGUUUUUUUUAUUUUUAUCAUUUCCAACUUUUUCUUAUUAUUGCCAUUUGAAUGCUAUGUUUUUGUGUAAAAACUUGCAAGAGGUGACAGGCCGCACAUCUUCACCGGCGUGAAACCUUUGAAAACCUUUUUCAUAUUGCUCCAUUGAGGACAACUCAUUCAGGGAUCUUGCAGUUUAAAAUUUGAACCAUGAUAUAGCUUAUAUAUAGUGGACCAAGAUACAACUCGGUACUGCAGUUUAUGUUCGGCAAGGGAAAAUUGUGUAAGCUGAGCAGAACCUUUAAAAUGUACAACAGACAAUUUAUUCAGUACGCGUGUAUUCCUGUUGAAUUUGUGGCCCGUUUACGAGGUUUGUCUACUCAAAAAUAUAAUAAUUUUUCCAUAGUUGCUGUUAUCUUAGGGUAUCUGCUUUUAAUAUCUCCGUAGAGUUUAGGUUUACGCGAUCUCAGAGAACAAUGUUCUGCUGUACAUAGCACGUAGCCUGGUUUUGUGUAUUUAUCACGUCUUUAGUAGAAGCAUGAUUUAAAUACAUUAUGAUGCUGUGUCCUUUGAAUGUCAUUUUAAAACUCAAUUGCUUUGUAAAUGUGACUUGUAGUUUUAAUAUCAGAGGAGGGUAUUUUAAAGCUCGAUAUUUUUCAACCAUUAGCAUGUUGUUUUUUUACCAAUCAAUUGACUGGCUUCUUUGUGCCACUGCAUAAUGUGACGUUAUGUGAAAACCAACAAUACAGGCCAGAUUUCGUGUUUCGUAUUUUGCGCAGACUAUCAAUUCAUCCGAGAACCUCCGAAUACAUGACGAAAACACAUAGGCUGUAACGCAACAGUAACGUGACAUCCCCCCCCCCGCCUCUCUGAAAAGUAAAAUGAAACGAGAUACGAGGCACUGUCUCGUCUCUGAGUACCCUGUGAGCAGAGGCCCUUCAAUCUUCCUAGAUAAGUAAGAUCCCUGAAAGAGUUGUCCUCAAUGGAGCAAUAUGAAAUUUAAGGUUUUCAAAGGUUUCACGCCGGUGAAGAUGUGCAGCCUGUCACAAAAGGGAGGAAAAGAGUUACAAUUUAAGAUUGUGUGCAAUGGGAAUCAUGCUUCAAACCCCAAGAACUUUAACUAAAAAGACAUUGGGUGACCGUGCUUUUUUAGCUGCGGCACCUAAACUGUGGAAUGGGUAACCAUCACAAAUACGAAAUGAGCGCAAUUUUCAUAGGUUUAAAGGUUAACUUAAGACCCAUUUUUUUAGAUUAGCUUUUUAUUAGGAUUUUUUAGGAUUAUGUAUAUAUUAUAUUUUUAUAGAUCCAUUGUUUUUUUAUAUAAUUUUUUUAGUUAUUUUGGAUAACUUAUUAAUGUCGAUAAUUUACUUUCAUGUAAUGCACAUUUGAUCAUAUUUACAUGUAUUUUGCGCAAUAUAAAUAUUAAAUUAUUAUUAUUAUUUAUUAUUAUUCUUAUCACUGUCACCUCUUGCAAGUUUUUACUUUGGUGCCUUAAAGGUUGGACGGGAGCCUGAGCAGCUCAGGCAUUACCUCAUACUUACCAAUGCACAGAGGGGGGAGGGAAGGGCUGGGCUCCAGAAUCUGGAAAGAUUUGCUUAAACAACAUAUCUGCAAAGAUCAGCUCAAAAAUGCCAGCAUGAGAUGCAACUUAAGUCACAAGAUAAGCAAAAGGUCCCUGCUAUCACCCCACAGAUCACUUACGCUUGAGGAGGAGACCACUGACCACAUUGACUCGCAAUUUAACUUUGCCUAAAUUACGUUUAGCCACAUUUCCUUUGGAUGAAAAUAACUGGUUUUUAGGAGUGUUUUUUUUCCAGUUAAUGCUGACCUUUAAUUAAACCCUCAGUAAUUAAUGGUACACAUACUGUAUUGGUUACUUUAUGUGAUGCAACUGUUCCAAGUUAUUGUCACCAAAAACACACAGAAGACUGGGUUCUAAACUAUGAGCAAUUUUAUCAGUAAGAUAAACAACCAUGUUCUGCUUGAUUCACCCAUCACCAUCUUUUUAGAUAUCGCUAUUGUCCGAUUAUUUCUACUUUCUAAGGCUCGGUUCAGAUGCCCUACCUUUUCAUGAGCUGAACCUAAUACAUUGAAUUAAGUACAUGAAAAGUUCGGCAUCUGAAUCAAUUGGGAACGCCUGUUUCAAUUUGGAAUGGCUCAGCCAUUCUUUUCACCUGGCCCGGCCAGGAUUUCACCUUUGGAGCGACUUUGGAAUGGCUUUGAUUCAGACGCCGAACUUUUCAUGUACCGAACCUAAUGCAUAAAUUAUUAUAACAUCUUUUGUACGUAGUUUGACCGAAAUGAGCAUUUUUCUUCUUUUGAAUUUAUUUCGGCUCGAAUUAAGAUUGCCGUCUGAAUCAAUUCAGCCGGUAAUCUGGAUUGGCCUUAAUUUGAAUUAGGUUCGGCUCAUGAAAAGUUUGGUGUCUAAACCGGGCCUAACAAUAUGUCCUGGAAAAGUAGACUCUAUUAGCCAAAGAUGGUUUAGUAAGGAACAUUUUGUGAAAGAACAAAGAAAUUUAGAGUCAAUCUUUGUCGUUUUUCAGUGUAAUUUUUGUUGUCAAAAAAUUUUUCAAUGUUUUGAGGUGGUAGUAACAGAUCAGAGACAAAGAAAAAAUUUAAUUAGUAUAGGUAAUAGCAUGAUUUUUAGUCAUAUUUGGCAUAAAUACCACGAGUGAUAUUUCAAAAUUGUUGUACGAAAUUUCACGAGCCGUUAGGCGAGUGAAAUUUGAGACAAUUUUGAAAUAUCACUAAAAACAUCAUCUGCAGAUAGGGACAUGGUUUCUUCCUUAAUGCCUUUAACAAAGAAUUUUUGAAAUUCACACUAGGGACAUAAUGUACCCUCUCCCUCUUAAAAGGGCCUCAUGAAAGAAAGACUAAAUAGGCUAAUUUAAUGGAAAUAUUCCUAAAAAAUACCAUAACACUAGCUGCUAUCACUUACAUGUGGUGUGGGGGGCAUAAUAAUUUUUUUAAACCAUAAUUACUGUUCAUUUCAUAUGGCUGAAUAUUCAUCACUACCAUUCAAUACACUGCUGUAGUUUUGAUUCUCUGUGAUGUCGGACUGGUGCGAUGGAAGUUGUCUGCCCAGCUAAUCACAGAACACUGUAUCCCUCUACCCUGAUGGUACAUUAUAUCUCAUGGUUAUGCUUUUAUUGAUUCAACUCUUUCAUUCAUUAGUGAAUGACAGAGUCAUCUAUCUUCUGAGUCUGUUGACAAAAUCCUAUUGUAUAUGGCCACUGAAAUGAAAACUCUUUGACAUUGGGCUUGAUUUUAAAUUUUCCUCUUAUCAACAGUUACAUUAUUGAAAAUGGAGUAUGCUACUUGACUUUAACAGAAAAGACAUUCUCCAAGAGAGCAGCAUUUAGUUUCUUAGAAGAAUUAUCCUCAGAGUUUCAAAGAGAGUUUGGUUCAAGAGUUCCCACGGCAACUAGACCAUAUUCAUUUAUUGAGUUUGGUGAGUGACUUAACAGGGUAAUGUGGUUCUUUUGAAACUUAAAGCUAAGCCCCCUAAGAAAAAAGAACAAAUGUUUUUAGUACAGAAUUUGGUUAAAAAGAAGAAUGUGGGUUGUUUUUUUUUUAUUUUUAUUAUUUCCAACUUUUUCUUAUUAUUGCCAUUUGAAUGCUAUGUUUUUGUGUAAAAACUUGCAAGAGGUGACAGGCCGCACAUCUUCACCGGCGUGAAACCUUUGAAAACCUUUUUCAUAUUGCUCCAUUGAGGACAACUCAUUCAGGGAUCUUGCAGUUUAAAAUUUGAACCAUGAUAUAGCUUAUAUAUAGUGGACCAAGAUACAACUCGGUACUGCAGUUUAUGUUCGGCAAGGGAAAAUUGUGUAAGCUGAGCAGAACCUUUAAAAUGUACAACAGACAAUUUAUUCAGUACGCGUGUAUUCCUGUUGAAUUUGUGGCCCGUUUAUGAGGUUUGUCUACUCAAAAAUAUAAUAAUUUUUCCAUAGUUGCUGUUAUCUUAGGGUAUCUGCUUUUAAUAUCUCCGUAGAGUUUAGGUUUACGCGAUCUCAGAGAACAAUGUUCUGCUGUACAUAGCACGUAGCCUGGUUUUGUGUAUUUAUCACGUCUUUAGUAGAAGCAUGAUUUAAAUACAUUAUGAUGCUGUGUCCUUUGAAUGUCAUUUUAAAACUCAAUUGCUUUGUAAAUGUGACUUGUAGUUUUAAUAUCAGAGGAGGGUAUUUUAAAGCUCGAUAUUUUUCAACCAUUAGCAUGUUGUUUUUUUACCAAUCAAUUGACUGGCUUCUUUGUGCCACUGCAUAAUGUGACGUUAUGUGAAAACCAACAAUACAGGCCAGAUUUCGUGUUUCGUAUUUUGCGCAGACUAUCAAUUCAUCCGAGAACCUCCGAAUACAUGACGAAAACACAUAGGCUGUAACGCAACAGUAACGUGACAUCCCCCCCCCCGCCUCUCUGAAAAGUAAAAUGAAACGAGAUACGAGGCACUGUCUCGUCUCUGAGUACCCUGUGAGCAGAGGCCCUUCAAUCUUCCUAGAUAAGUAAGAUCCCUGAAAGAGUUGUCCUCAAUGGAGCAAUAUGAAAUUUAAGGUUUUCAAAGGUUUCACGCCGGUGAAGAUGUGCAGCCUGUCACAAAAGGGAGGAAAAGAGUUACAAUUUAAGAUUGUGUGCAAUGGGAAUCAUGCUUCAAACCCCAAGAACUUUAACUAAAAAGACAUUGGGUGACCGUGCUUUUUUAGCUGCGGCACCUAAACUGUGGAAUGGGUAACCAUCACAAAUACGAAAUGAGCGCAAUUUUCAUAGGUUUAAAGGUUAACUUAAGACCCAUUUUUUUAGAUUAGCUUUUUAUUAGGAUUUUUUAGGAUUAUGUAUAUAUUAUAUUUUUAUAGAUCCAUUGUUUUUUUAUAUAAUUUUUUUAGUUAUUUUGGAUAACUUAUUAAUGUCGAUAAUUUACUUUCAUGUAAUGCACAUUUGAUCAUAUUUACAUGUAUUUUGCGCAAUAUAAAUAUUAAAUUAUUAUUAUUAUUUAUUAUUAUUCUUAUCACUGUCACCUCUUGCAAGUUUUUACUUUGGUGCCUUAAAGGUUGGACGGGAGCCUGAGCAGCUCAGGCAUUACCUCAUACUUACCAAUGCACAGAGGGGGGAGGGAAGGGCUGGGCUCCAGAAUCUGGAAAGAUUUGCUUAAACAACAUAUCUGCAAAGAUCAGCUCAAAAAUGCCAGCAUGAGAUGCAACUUAAGUCACAAGAUAAGCAAAAGGUCCCUGCUAUCACCCCACAGAUCACUUACGCUUGAGGAGGAGACCACUGACCACAUUGACUCGCAAUUUAACUUUGCCUAAAUUACAUUUAGCCACAUUUCCUUUGGAUGAAAAUAACUGGUUUUUAGGAGUGUUUUUUUUUCCAAUUAAUGCUGACCUUUAAUUAAACCCUCAGUAAUUAACGGUACACAUACUGUAUUGGUUACUUUAUGUGAUGCAACUGUUCCAGGUUAUUGUCACCAAAAACACACAGAAGACUGGGUUCUAAACUAUGAGCAAUUUUAUCAGUAAGAUAAACAACCAUGUUCUGCUUGAUUCACCCAUCACCAUCUUUUUAGAUAUCGCUAUUGUCCGAUUAUUUCUACUUUCUAAGGCUCGGUUCAGAUGCCCUACCUUUUCAUGAGCUGAACCUAAUACAUUGAAUUAAGUACAUGAAAAGUUCGGCAUCUGAAUCAAUUGGGAACGCCUGUUUCAAUUUGGAAUGGCUCAGCCAUUCUUUUCACCUGGCCCGGCCAGGAUUUCACCUUUGGAGCGACUUUGGAAUGGCUUUGAUUCAGACGCCGAACUUUUCAUGUACCGAACCUAAUGCAUAAAUUAUUAUAACAUCUUUUGUAAGUAGUUUGACCGAAAUGAGCAUUUUUCUUCUUUUGAAUUUAUUUCGGCUCGAAUUAAGAUCGCCGUCUGAAUCAAUUCAGCCGGUAAUCUGGAUUGGCCUUAAUUUGAAUUAGGUUCGGCUCAUGAAAAGUUUGGUGUCUAAACCGGGCCUAACAAUAUGUCCUGGAAAAGUAGACUCUAUUAGCCAAAGAUGGUUUAGUAAGGAACAUUUUGUGAAAGAUCAAAGAAAUUUAGAGUCAAUCUUUGUCGUUUUUCAGUGUAAUUUUUGUUGUCAAAAAAUUUUUCAAUGUUUUGAGGUGGUAGUAACAGAUCAGAGACAAAGAAAAAAUUUAAUUAGUAUAGGUAAUAGCAUGAUUUGUAGUGAUAUUUGGCAUAAAUACCACGAGUGAUAUUUCAAAAUUGUUGUACGAAAUUUCACGAGCCGUUAGGCGAGUGAAAUUUGAGACAAUUUUGAAAUAUCACUAGUGGUAUUUAUGCCAAAUAUCACGUACAAAUCAUGCUAUUAUUUGUUUAUACUACUACCCACAAAAGGUUUGUAAUUUUCACAUGUAGGUAUUUCAAAUUAAGCUGAAAUACCACUGCUCUAAGCCAAUCAGAUUGCAGAAAUUUCUCAUGUAGUAGUAUAAACUGGUUUAUAUAAUCUUCAAACCAAUGAAAAAUUUGACCUACAACGGUCAUGCUACCAUAACAUUUCACUCCCUUUUUAGAUACAUACAUUCAAAAGGCAAGAAAAAACUAUCAAGAUUCUAGAACAAGAAGGAACUUAAACAGAUUGAAUGAUGAACUCCACGAUGUACAGCGGAUCAUGGUUCAAAACAUUGACGAUGUUCUUCAGAGAGGCGAACAAAUUUCAGGUAACUUUAGGUUUUAAAAUUCAUUGGCUGAGCCUAUUGUUGGAGAAAGUGACAACAAUAUUUGAUGCACAAAAAAUGUCAGUAUUGGUUUAUUAACCAGAAAUAUGUAUAAUUUAUUGUUUUGUUUUGUUGUUGUUUCGUAGUGUUGGAUGAUAAGGCAGGAAAUCUAAGGUUUCAGUCAGAAAAAUACAAGAAAGAUGCAACCUACUUAAAUUUGCGUUCUGCAUAUGCCAAGUAUGCUGCUGUAGGAACAAUUUUUGUAGUAUUAAUGAUCUAUAUUCGAUUCUGGUGGUUUUGAAAAGUGAAGAGAAAUUUUGAAUAGAGUCAUAUAUAGAAAACAGUCAUUAAUAUUAUUAUUAAGCCCUACUGGUUAACAGUUUCCAAGUAAGUUACCCUGGUAAAUAUGUUGAUAAUCUUAAGUACAAUUUGUUUUAGUUGUCUUAUCAAUAACCAGCAUUCUUGCCAAUAGUGACAAGCAGGAAGAUGUGAGCAAAUGAGACAACUACUGUACUGGUUAAUUGUUCCUUCUCACGGGCAAAGAACUUGUCACAAUAUGCCCACAGCAUAUUGUAUAUGCAUAUAUGCAAUUAAACAAACACAUUAUUGCAGAAUAGAUUUCAGAACACAAAAUGAAACCUACUCAACUUGAAACUUCAUUUCUUCCCUGCGGCAGAGAUCUCUCAUGACAAGAGAAAAAGGAGAGGAAAGAAAGAGACCUCUGCCGGCCUCUGAUGCAAUUGUAAUAAUUGUAAUUUGUUUACCCACGAAGUAAUUAGGAGUUCUUAUGAACUCAUUUAAACGUGUCCAUGGAUUCCAGAUUGAAUUGGAAAGUGGAGAUGUUGUUGGUUUUUGAUGAGAGGGCAAAACCAGAGUACCCGGAGGAAAACCUCACAGGGCAAGGGAGAGAACCAAUAACAAACUCAACCCACAUGUGGCUUCAACGCCGGGAUUUGAACCCGGGUCACAUUGGUGGGAGGCGAGUACUCUCACCACUGCACCACCCUUGCUUUCCCUGAAGCAAGUUUUUAAUCAUUCAUACAUGCACUGGCAUUUCCUUAAUGACCAAUAACAUUUAGUCAUGUGUGAAACAACUUACAGAACCAGUUUGCACAAUAGCAAUUGUGGGCUCAGAAAAUAAAUUUCCAGCGUGCAGUCUCAAAAAAAGAAACCAAUUUUGAAAACCAUUAAGUUUCAGCCACAAAUGUGGUCGGCAGCUAGGUGAAAGAAUGUGUCGGAGGUUGGCAGGUCUCUCUCUUUCCUAUAAUUCUUCUCUUGCCGUGAGAGACCUCUGCUACCAAGGAACUUGAUUUCAUAACUUGCUCCCGCAAUCUCACUCUUUGAGGUUAUUUAAUCACUGAAGUUUGUUUUACACUAACUUAAAAAGUGAAGUGAAAUUUAAAAUACCAAUGCUUACAUGUAUUAAUGAACUAUAGCUGUUCCUUGUAGUUGACUAUAACUACAUGUAGGACUAAUCAUAUUUUUUACAAUAAAAAAAAUUGAAAUUUUUGUUUAACAUCUAACAACGUUUUCGUCUAGUUAUGAUCUAGGUUCUUUAUAUACUGCUGUUACUGCUUAGAGUCAUGUUUCCAGUUCAUAUAGUCAUAAUCAAGACCUAUAGAGAAACCCAAGGACAGUAGGCUGCCAGAAUACCUCUUGGAUAGUAGAUCAGUUGUUUGUCAUCUUCUUUCCACUUAAUAGUGAAGAUGACAAAAAAAGGUUUCAGUGUGCAAGACAAGUUUGAAUUUAGUUUAUUGACACAUCACAUUGUUACAACCUUCAACACAAUGUACACACCCAUGUCAUGUUUUUUUUUGUCAGGUUACAAGGCAAAUGUGUUAUCUUAAACACCUUUUCUGUGCCAUGUGACACACUUUUUUACAUCACAUUAUCUUAUAAGCUCUACUUUGCUUCAUUUCCUUCAUAUAUCAUGUUGUUUUUAUUUAAGUACCCCAAAAUAGUAUUACUUGGUAACUUACAAAUACCUUUUUGUUAAAGAAAUCACUUAAUUUUGAAUGAUUGUAAUGUAAAUAAGAUAAUAUUGAGUACUGAUUCACAGUCAAAAAAUAAACAAUACGACUAUUUUUUUGCAAAAUGUUUUUAUUAGAAACCAGAAUCAUAUCAGUUGGUACCCUGUUAUGGCAGAGUUUCCCUUCAGCAUGGUUUGUUGCAUUUACAAAGUUGUUUGUGUCAUAGACAUCCAUGCAGUUGGCUUGUUUACUAAUACCUGCAAUAAACCUCUCAGGGAAAACCAUGUAGGAAAGAAACCUCUGCUAGCAGGAUAACUGGUUGUAGAAUAUACAAAAUUAGUUUUUACAGCUGGUGCAAAAGUGGAUCAUGCCAUUAUUUAAAUAUCGCACAUCAAAAUNUUAAACACCUUUUCUGUGCCAUGUGACACACUUUUUUACAUCACAUUAUCUUAUAAGCUCUACUUUGCUUCAUUUCCUUCAUAUAUCAUGUUGUUUUUAUUUAAGUACCCCAAAAUAGUAUUACUUGGUAACUUACAAAUACCUUUUUGUUAAAGAAAUCACUUAAUUUUGAAUGAUUGUAAUGUAAAUAAGAUAAUAUUGAGUACUGAUUCACAGUCAAAAAAUAAACAAUACGACUAUUUUUUUGCAAAAUGUUUUUAUUAGAAACCAGAAUCAUAUCAGUUGGUACCCUGUUAUGGCAGAGUUUCCCUUCAGCAUGGUUUGUUGCAUUUACAAAGUUGUUUGUGUCAUAGACAUCCAUGCAGUUGGCUUGUUUACUAAUACCUGCAAUAAACCUCUCAGGGAAAACCAUGUAGGAAAGAAACCUCUGCUAGCAGGAUAACUGGUUGUAGAAUAUACAAAAUUAGUUUUUACAGCUGGUGCAAAAGUGGAUCAUGCCAUUAUUUAAAUAUCGCACAUCAAAAUUCUUGCAAAAUAUUACUUUUUACCAUAAAUCUUCUAUUAAGCCCUCCCUUUUAAAUAAGCCCCCGUAUCUUAUAAGCCCUCCCUUUUCCGGGCAAGAAAGUUAAUGAGCCCCCCUGCCCUCCCCUUGUUAUUAUUUACUGAUAAAUGAUAGACUGUAUUAAUCAAUCAUCAUGUCAGGAGUCUAUUGCGACUCCAAAACUUCAUGUGGAUGGUUUAUUCACAAGCUGGAACUUCAGAUUGGUUUUUGAUCCUCGGCUUCAUGACCUCGAAUGUCUUAUACUAGAGCUUUUCCACACUGCACUCUAGUUCUUUAUGGAGAACUGAUACCUUCUUCUUUGCUAAAUUGAGUAAG